UCUCCUCUGGCAGGUGGAGGGUAGGACAGUACCUGCCCCAGAGGCCGGGAGGAUUCACUAAGGUUGGCCCUUGCAGCAGACGCUGCCGGCGGCCCAGCCUGAGCCCCUCGGCACUCCCAGUUGCUUAAGAUGUGUUCCGGCAGAUUCAUUUCUGCAAAAGGGGCUGGGCCCCAGGUGGGGUUAGCUGGCUCUGAAAUUCAAAGGUCAUGAGGGAUUUUUUUAGGUUCUAGGGUUUUAGUUUGUCUCAACCCAUGAGAGGAGAGUGUAUCAUCCCAGGUGGUCUGACCCUGGGGUGGGAGCGGCUAGCCGCCAUUGCCAGGUUUUACAGUGACUUCUGUGUCCUGGCGCCUCCCUCAGGUAGUCUCAUUCUUUUGGUUGAGUGGGCUUUAACUGCGCCAAGAGAGAAUUAUGUGUGAGUAGGGGAUGGGGGUGAGAUGGGAGUGGAGAGAGUUAAAGUUACUGCCAGCUCCUGCAAGUCUCUGCCGAAGGGUCUUCUUUGGUCACUGGAGCUGGCUCUGCACGCAUUCAGACCACAGGUACCAAGUUAGCACCCCUCUGACCAGAGGCAGGACUGAGCACACACGGAUCCAGCUUCUUUACUUCCCCGACGCACAGCUGGUGUAUUCCAUGCGGCCUCCCAAGCUGCCGUUGGGACUAAGAGCUCCUAGUUGACCACAGAGGCCAUCUGCACACUGAUGCAGUGUGGGCUGCCAACCCUUAUCUGUCUCGCUUUCUCACCCCUGCUUACAGGAGCAUCCUGGGGUUACCUCCCAACUAUGUAUGUGCUUGAAAAUCCCUGUCUCUGUGUCUGGGAAACCCAAUCCAAGAGGGCGUGUCAAGUGUGUGACAGAAGGAGGACCCUUGAUAAAUUAGAGCAGGAAGUGUCUAUCAUGAUAUGAUCUCUCCUUGGGGAUGGGUCCCGGCAGAAAGGGCAUGAAAUAGUGCUGAAUGAGGCAACGUGGGCAUGUUUCCUUCUGCUGCCCUGUCCUUUGGACCCUCCUGUCACACCCUCCUGCUCUCCUUUCUCCUAGUCCUAUGUUCGCUUUCCCGACCCUCCUUUUUUCCCCUCUUCUCCCCUCAUUUCUCCUCUAAAGGAGGAAGGAAUGUUCUGUGUCCCAAAUGCCCCUCUCAUUUCCCUAAAGUCCCACUCUGGAAAUGAGCCCUCUGAUAAGCGGCAUUGUGACAUCACCAUGCAUCAGCCAAUGGCUGUCCUCUUGGGCCCGGCCCUCGGCCUCCUGGGACCACUGCCCUCCGUUGAUAAGGAGAAGCCACACACAUAAACCUUCUCCUACAGAACCCCUUCACCCUCAGGGCAGCCGCCAGAGCAUGGAUCCCUCCUGAAUCUGCUGGCAGCCUGAUGUUCCUCACAGUCAAGCUGCUCCUGGGCCGGAGAUGUAGCCUGAAGGUGUCAGGACAGGAGAGCGUGGCCAUGCUGAAGAAGCUGGUGUCCGAGCGGCUGCAUGUGCCAGAGGAGCAGCAGCACCUGCUCUUCCGCGGCCAGCUGCUGGCAGAUGACAAGCGGCUCUCCAACUACCGCAUUGGGCCCAACGCCUCCAUCAGCAUGGUCAUGCGGCCCCUGGAGAAGCCAGCGCCUGAGGACACCCGCCUGCCCCAGCCCCUGUGGCACCACCUGGGCCAGGUCCUGGCCAAACACUUUGGGCCCCAGGACACUGAGGCAAUGCUGCAGCUGCUGAGGCGGGAGCACGAGGAGUGCCUGCAGAGAAUAAGCCUGGGGGACCUGGAGCAGCUGGCACGGUACCUCCUGACCAAGGAGCCACUCGCACAGCCCACUGCGGAGAGGGAGCCUGAGGUUCUGAGUCCCAAUAAGGAAAAGGAAAAGGAGGCUAUUCAGUAACCAGCUAUCCUGCUUGUUUGCACACUCAAAUUCACCCCGCCUCAUCCUUAAGUUUUCCCCAGUGACUCCCCACAAGUUCUUGCUGACAUAGAUGCAUCUUUACCCCUUUUUGAAAUUUCAGAGCAACUGGAGGGAUUUGGGGCCUUUUUCUCCUCUCUUGGGCCUGUGAGUUCCCCUCUGAAACCCAGAGGGAUUCCCUCCCCAUCACUAGAAGCGGCUCUGGUCGCUCCACGGACAGCCCAAAAGGGGUGGUCACAGGCUGCCCCCACCCUCUGCCCCUCUGGGGGGGCAGCUCCUCCUGGGCUGGGCGGCUUUGCCCCUGCUUCUCCAGCAACAGCCCAGGCUGUCAGCACACCUCCUGGCUCAGAGUCUCCGUGUCUCUAGACAGACUGUCUUUCUCCUUGGGGGCAGAAAGACAGAUAAUGUGAGUUCAUUUCUUCCA